AUGGGUCGCAGAAGUGGAAAAGCAUCAAAAUUGAAACGCCAUUCGUCUCUUGAUGACUUAACCGGUAGACCUUAUAGAUUGCCAAUCGACCGAAAUCAAAUUCGUCAAGUUGAUCAAAUUGAUAAUCCUCAAAAUGGACAUGAGUAUCUUUACAUGGCUAGAAAAAUGGAAGAUAAAUUGCCUCCGGUUAUGACUGCCACUAAUGUUGAACUUCAGGAAUUCAUAAACAAAUUUGAAAACAAUGCUCCUACAUAUGUCAUACCUUCCCUAGAAUUGCCUAGUAUUAAAAAUAAGAAAUUACUGCCAACUAAAGCUGAAAUAAUGUCAUACAUUGAACAGUAUGAAAGUGCCAGAACCAAAAUUCAGGAUACCAGAAAAUGUAUUACUCAUCCUGAAAAUUUAUUGCCAAUAUCUAAUUCACCAACUGCAUGGUUUACGUUUUUGUUUGGAAGACAAAUUAAUGCUUCUACUCCAGUGAAUCCUGUUCAUAAUAUUGACAAAAUUGUUUAUUUUUUUCAGAGCCACUGUGCUGCUGUUAUAUGUAACUUUGUUCAAUGGAUUAUGAAAAAAAUAAUUAACACCAGUGAUGUAACUUCUUGGACAUUUUCUGUCUAUGCCAGUAUGGACAGUGAUCCAAGUGAAAAUCUGUUAUCAGACAUGCGUAUACUUACGCAGUAUUUUAUCAAUGCUCGGGCUGAAAUCGAUGAUCAUUUGGAUGUUGCUGCUUUACGUUACAGCUGUUUAAUUAAUUUGGUCUCAGAAAAAUUCAAACAACACGAUCUCGGUGAUAUUGUUAACUAUAAAAAUCAUUAUUCUGGUAGUAGUAAGGUAAAAAACAAAUAUGAAGACUAA